AUGAAAGCCAGAGACGUCAAUCUCAACGGUAACUUCUCACUCGCACAAAAGCCCCACGAACCCGAGGACGGCCGGGACACACCACGGGCAGCAGGCUGGCACAAGGCAGCGGACAACGCCAGGAUCGGGAACGACACCACCACUCAGCCACAGGCACCUGAGAGAACCAACCGGGAGCGUUCCGGGAGCACCGCAAGAGGGCAGAGCGCGAGACCAGAGUCCAGGGAGGGGAGGAGGACAAGGCGUCGGGCCCAGACAGAACUACUGGUCGACCCGACAAAGCUGCCACCCCCCGCACAGACCGGGCACCGAAGAGAGAGCGGCGACGCACGGCCCCACCCCGCGCUCGCCUGCGGGCGCAAAGUCCGACAGAACAGCCGCCCCGGCGCCACAGCGACACCACGGCGACAGUCGCGCCCGGCACCCGGCAGAGGCCGGGCCUCCGCCCGGCUCGCUGCCGCCAGACCUCCUCCUCCUCCACUCGCUCGCUCGGCUGAGAACGAGGGGACUGUCAUAUCAAAGCGGACGCCAGGGGGAGCACGACAACCGCCUUCCAACGACCGACUCCACCGAGCCGCCGUACCCCGGAUCGGCGCGCGCCGGCCGGCUCUGAGCUCCGGAGACACAGAACACGGAAACAAAUCGCCUCACUCACCACCGCCACGCACCGAGUGGCACAACCUAGGUCAGGACCUGCAGCCGGGUCCUCUCUGCGACCUCACGAACGACACCAGAGCCACCAGAGACCUAGACCGAGAUCGGGCCGCCGCCGCCGCCGCCGCCGCCGCCAGCGACCAAAGUGAAACCAGGAACCAGGACGAGAUUCGCCCGAACGGAGCGGCCCGAACCCGAGAACCGGGAAGCUGGGAUCGGUCCCAAGCAGGAAGGGGCGGCAAAGACGGCAGGCCCGCACCACGAGAGAAAACGAACCGGCCACCCGCACGACCUCCGCCGCCCGUGGCAAGACCCCCACCCCCGCCCAACAUGGCCAGAAAAGGGCAAAUGGAAACCAGAAAGAGAAAAAAAAAAAAAAAAAAAAACUCCCAAAGAUGGGUCGGCUCCAGCAAGAGACGAGCCGUCGGGAGGCACCCCGCUCACUUGUGAAAGUCCGCUCCUCGCCCGCCCCACAACACACUCCCUCCCCCC